AUGCAAUCAAUCUUCCAACACCUCACAUCUUCAUCUGCCAUCUUCGACACAUACACAAGACGGAAUCCCUCUCAGGCAAUGGCUUCCUUCUCCUGCUCCUCUAGUAGCGUGAUGGGCGUGAUCUUGCUGCUCUUCUCCGUCCUCCUUGCGCCUGCGCGGUCGGCCAGCGACCAGAUGAUACUUGCCGCAUGCAAGACCGUCGGCGGCGGGAGCACCUACUUCGACGUCACGUUCUGCUUGGAGGCCCUCGGCUCCGCGGGCGGCUCCGGCGGCUACCAAGACCUCGCGGCCGUCGCCGUGGACCUCCUCGCGACCAACGCCACCAGCACGGAGGCCAAGAUCGACCGCCUGCUCGGGUGCGGCGGCGUGGAGGUCAAGGCGGAUGACGCCGCCCUGGCGCGGUGCCUCCGGUCGUGCCAGUCGCUGUACGGCGGCAUAGUGGACGACGGGCCUGCGUGCACCGCCGCGGUCAAGGGCGGGAGGUUCGGCGAGGCGACAGCGAUCCUGGAGAAAGCCGCGGCCGCGGCGAAGGAGUGCGAGGGCGGGUUCGAGAAGAGGAGAGCGGCUUCGCCGCUGACGGCGGAGGACGACGACGCGUUCAAGCUCGCAAAACUCGCCGUCGCGUUGCUCCGUUUUGCUUGA